AUUCUCACUCAGUCGAGUCAGUACACUAGUCACCUAAAAGUGGAAACGCGCUCGUCAAAAUGAUAGACAAGAGUUUUGUUAAUGUUUUGUUGUUGGGAUUAUCCUUCAUGUUGAUAUUCACCGCCUUCCAAACCAUGGGCAACAUCGAGAAAACAAUUCUGUCGAGUAUCACGAGUGAAGAUCCAACUUUUACCGGAAAUGCAUACUACAGUUUAGCCAUUAUCUACGUAGUUUUUUCCAUAUUCAACUGGGCCGCUCCAUCUGUGAUAAGUGUCAUAGGACCGAAAUUUUCUAUGGUUUUGGGGGGAUGUGCUUACCUGUUAUUCAUUGUUUCCUUCAUCAUUCCGAAGACAUGGCUAUUAUAUUUAGUGAGCACCAUCAUUGGUAUAGGUGCAGCUAUGAUCUGGACGGGGCAGGGUAAUUACCUUACCCUUAACUCUACCAAACGACACAUUUCGAGAAAUUCUGGAGUCUUCUGGGCCAUGCUUCAACUGAGGUAAUAAUUUCAAUUUCCA